CCCAUAGUGGGUAUGUACCAUGGACUGAGAGUACACAACGGCGCGUGCCAUGCGCGUGACUGGGCAGAAGAAGAACGUCAAGCCUUGCUCAAGCCACGCGUCCACCAGUGCAGUGUUUCAUCGUCGUAAGCGCAGUCGCCGUCUCCAGCUGGUUCAAAGAUGGCGGGCGACGAAGGGGAGAGUAAGGAGGACGAGAAGAGCGACGAGAAAAGUGACGAGAAGGGCGACGACGACAAGAAAGAUGACGACGACAAGAAGGAGGACGACGACGACGAUGACGACGACGGAGGCGGAGACAAGGACGGCCUGGGGAAGAAGAAGAAGCCGCCGGACUCCAUGAUGGUGCAGAGGAAGUCCGCCAGCCGAUCGGGGGCGGCCGCCAUCGCAGCCCAGCAGAUCGCCGAAGGCGCGGACCAGAUGCAGAUGGCGAUGACCGUCGUGGGCCUCGCGGUCUUCGUCCUCGUUAUCGUCGGCAUCGGCGGCUUCGUCGUCUGGAAGGUCUUCGUUUCGUCGAGCGACAGCGUGGAGCAGCCUGAGGAAACGACACGUGAGUGCUGA